GUUGACACCCACCGCCGGCUCCCCGGCAACAACCUCCAGCCAGUCGCCGCCCCCCGCCCUCGUGCUCUGCUUUUUAUACGGCGCGCCGCCGUGCUGGGGUCCCGUCUUGCACAGUACCUCGCCGGCAAUGGCCGCGGCGACGGCGUGGGUGCGCUCGCUCAGCUGCAAGUACUCUACGGCCGUCGCCGACGACGCGUACAGCCCGCUGCUGCCCCCGCCCAAGAAGCACCCGCCGACGCCGAAGGCCAAGGGUGCUGCCUCCGUCGCGUUGCUGCCGCCGGAGAGGGGCCGGGAGAGCCGGAGGUCCAGGUCCAUGUCCAGCGAGCGGGACCGGCCUGCUGCUGCUACUGCUAGGAAGACGAGGAAGAAGAAGGAGGCGGACGCCACGUCCGAGCACGCGAGGAAGGAGACGCCCAGGGUGCAGCGGCUCGCGGCGUCGCUGGAGCGGCCGGGCUCGGCGCUCCUGGAGAUGACGGAGCUGCCGGAGGGCCACCCGUCGCGGCGCGUGGUGGAGCUCAUCUUCGCGUCGGGCUGGGCGCGCGCCGACGGAGCCGCGGAGGUGGAGGCGCUGUUCCGGGUGCACGGCACGGCGCGCGCGGCGGCGCGCUUCGAGGCCGCGCGCGCCGCCGCCCGGGCGCGGGGCGAGGCCGCGGGCGACGGGCGCUGCGCCGCCGACGGCAACGAGGUGAUGCGGUUCCAGUGCCGUCCCGCCGCGGAGGCCGGGGGCGGCAGCGAGGUCAUCUGCGCGGCCGUGGCCACGUGCCACAAAGCCGGCGCGGCCAGGGCCGUGCGCACGUUCGCCGGCAGCGGCGCGGCGGACGCCGGCAUAACAGGAGGCCGCGAGGGCCGCAGGGGCAUGCUGGUGUGCCGCGUCAUCGCCGGCCGCGUCCGUCGCGCCUCCGCCGACGAGCGCCCCGGCGAGUACGACUCUGUUGACGCGGGGGACGGCGAGCUGGUGGUGCUGGACCGGCGCGCCGUGCUCCCCUGCUUCCUCGUGGUGUACAGGGUCAAGCCUCCCCCGGAGCUCUCCACCUCCUCCAGCGGCCGCUCCCGCUGACCCGACCGACGCCGGCCAUGAACGGAUCCCGGCGCCGAUCACCACCGCUCCACCCGCUAAUCCGCUAACUGCUAGCUAGGCUUGGAUCGAUCGACCUUCCUCCCCCCAUUCCUCCAUGACCGAUCGAUGCAAGGUGUGCAUGUGAGACUGUAAAAAACGCCAUUGUUUCCCACCCCCACGAUUGUUGACCGAAAUUGUACCAUACAUCAAUCAAACAAAUGCAGCUGCUGCUACUUGAGCUCAGUGCAGCUCGUCUCUUA